CCUCCCCCGCCCCCUUCCCCACCUACAUCAUCAUUUCCCCUCCCCCCGCAUCCAGGAUGGCCCCCACGUCCUCCCGGCGCUGGUCGAUGCUGGCGGUCUUGGCGCUGCUACUGCUCCUUGCAACGACCAGCAUGGCUUUCAACACCGACGACGAGUCGAAGCCGGCCUCUAGUAAGGGAGGCAGUGAGAAGAAUGACGACCCCACCUCCUCCGCCAGCGAGAAGGACCUCGAGAAGAUGCUCAGCGACUUCAAGAAGGACUGCGCCCCCGGGGCGGUGUACACAUACAAGUGCACCGAUGAGUGUGACAAGGCUCUGGCCGAGUUGCAGAAGAAAAAGCUCCUGGACAACGACGAGCAGCUGAAGCAUCUGCCAAGCAAGGCGCCUGCCAUUUGCGCGUGCCUCGAUCGCGGCGACGAGCUGGAUGCCCUGCUGGUCAGCCUGGAGGAGGACAACUGCUAUGACCCGAAGAACCCGCAUGCGGUGGAGUGCUCCGACGAGAAGGACUGCCCGAAGCGCAUCGAGGAGUUCGCCCAGAUGCAGGUGAAGUUCAACUCCGAGUGUGUCACUGUCAGCCUCUACCCGCCAGGGGACAACACCGCGCGCGACAAGCAGCGCGAGGAGAUGGAAACCGCCCUGCUGGACAUGUGUAACCCCUGUGCCACGAAGUUCGCCGACUUGGAGAAGCUCCUGACGCAGAUCCGCGACAAGGGCUGCGACCCGACCCUGGAAAAGCAUGUCUGCUCUCCGGAGUGCAUCAACCUCACCACCCAGUACCAGGCCGAGACUGGGGCUCUCCUGCGGGAGGAAAUCUGCCGGCCCAACAUGCCCGGCGGCUGCGGCAUCGGGGGCGGCAUGAGCGAGGGCAAGAUUUAUGAGCACCUCCUGUCGGACUCCUUUGGCCUGUUGAUGGACCGUUUCAACACCCUGCGCGCCCAGUGCGACCCCAAGUGCCAGGCGGCAUAUGAUCGGUUCUAUCGCAGUGGUGUCCAUGUGCUGGCUCGGUCCAAGGCCGGCGGUCGCCAGUGCUUCACGUAUGACUCCUUUGUCGGCGGCAAGCCCGGCGACAAGAUUGACUGGCGCUCGAAGGACAUUACCCCGGCCUUUGCCCAGCUUAGCGGGGCCGCCGUCGCCUGCACGGAGGAGUGCCUCCAGAUGGCCGAUGACCGUAUCCUCCGCCGUUUCUUCACCAUGCCCUCUUCCUGUCGGAUUGCUGCCCCUCGUGAGCUGUACCUGAAUGUGCGCUUCUCGGCCUCGUCUUGCACCGCGCCCGGUGGCGAGCUUUACGACAAGAACAAGGACAAGGGCCUCCUCGGCACCAACAUCACGGCCAAUGUGGUGAUUGUCCUGUCACUUUUCUUCUCCUGUGUUCUGGCCAGCUUCUGCAUGGUUACCGGCGCGGUUAACUACUACCGCGGCUACCGUGGCUUGGAUGCCCUGCCGAACAUUUUCUACUGGAAGAGCCUGGUGCAGGCGGCCCGCGCGGCCGAGGCCCCCGCUGCCACCGCCGGCUCCUCCACCACCAACACCACCCCCGAUUCGACGGCUUCCACCCCGCCGGCUGGCGGCCGGCGGCCGCGUCGCAACAACAUGAAUGAGGACGAGGAGUGGCUCAUGUUCAAUGAUGAGGCCCAGUGAGCGCGCGCGUGUGUGUGUGUGUG